AUUCGUGCAGAAUGAUUCAGUCUUCGGAGAAACGUCAAAAUGGGCGCAAGCACGAGAACGGGCAAGUUUGCGGUCGGAUUUACGGCGUUUGCAUUUUUGUUUAUUCUGAUCGCGUUCUGCUCACCGUACUGGCUCCAAACCGAUGGCGAACUGAAGCACCCAAAGUUUACAAAUCUAGGACUUUGGGAGCUGUGCCUGAAGAACUUCCAGGACAUUCACCGAUGGUAUGACUACCCGUUCAAUGGCUGCAUGUGGAUAUUCGAGGAGGAGUACUACAUCAUCCAUGACUACAUUCUGCCCGGGUUCUUCAUUGCGGUGCAGUUCUUCUUCACGCUCUGCUUCACGCUGCUCCUGAUGGGCGUGAUCAUGACGCUCAUUUUCUUGAGCUGCUCGCGGGACAACGAUCGGUACAUUAUGCUGCUGCUAACGAACGGCACCGUGCUACUGUUGGCGGCGUUGUGCGGUUUAAUAGCGGUCGCUACGUUCGGUUGCUACGGUGACAGUCGCGAUUGGAUGCCCAACUGGGAGCACAACGAUAUGGGCUGGUCGUUUGCGUUGGCUGUCGUCGGAACGUUUGCUCUGUUCCCGGCCGGCAUAUUGUUCAUCGUUGAGGCUCGGCGUGCCACGUACCGGAGGUUGAACAACAUUGCCAACACGGAGAUGGCCGCAGCGUACACGAUGGACGAGCGCAAAUAUCACGGUGGACAUACCGACAUUUAGAGGGCUGGUGUAGCUACAAUGACAUUCCACAUUCCCGCUAGUGGAAUGAUCAGUAAUUGCCUUGUACAAGAAGAGUGUAGUUUUAAGAAAUUUUUUACAUAACAAACGCACACGCAAACCACAAACGUUUUAUCCGUACCAACACACAUACACACGACAUUUAGGAGGUGGUGCGAAUAGUUAGAUUAGUGCAAAACUCUCGACAAGAAAAAGAAUCCGUCCAAAAUAGGAAUAAAAGCGAAACGAUAUGUUUUCUACAGUA